GUCACAGCAGGCGGGGUUUACGUUAAGGAACCGUGUUUAGCACACAUCGGGUAAAACAAGUUGGCAAAUUAACUCUCAGAGCAAUCAUAUCUGUGACGCUUGAUCGAAUCGAAAACAGCAACAUCAAGUUUAUUAAUACAACUCUCAGGGGAUCCUUUAGGAUGUGGGGGGCAUCACACUUCUUCCUGAUACUGUGUCUCUGGGCUUGUUUGGAUGCACUGCCAGUUGCUGUGGAUAAAACCAAAGUGAGCCCUCCAGUAGAGGAACCGGAGCCACCUAAAAGUGCCGACACUGGAUUGCACUAUGAUCGAUAUCUCAGAGAGGUUAUUGAUUUCCUGGAAAAGGACCCACAUUUCAGAGAGAAGCUUCAUAACACAGACAUGGAAGAGAUCAAGCAAGGGAAACUUGCUAAAGAGUUGGACUUUGUCAGCCAUCAUGUGCGAACUAAACUUGAUGAGCUGAAGAGGCAAGAAGUAAACCGACUGCGCACCCUAAUCAAAGUCAAACAAGACCUGAAUGGAGAAAAAGGUUUGACAGUGGACCACCAGGCGCUUCUGAAACAGUUUGAACAUCUGAAUCACAUGAAUCCACACACAUUCGAAGUGGAAGAUUUGGAUCGCCUCAUUAAAUCGGCCACUGAUGACCUGGAUAACUUCGACAAGGAAAGACAUGAAGACUUCAAGAAGUACGAGAUGGCGAAGGAACACGAUCGGAGGGAACAUCUCAAAACACUGGAUGAGGACGCACGCAAAAAAGAGGAGGAACACUUUGAAGAGAUGAAGAAUAAACAUGCAGAACAUGCCAAAAUCAAUCACCCUGGCAGUCAAGAUCAAUUGAAAGAGGUCUGGGAGGAAGCCGAUGGUUUGGAUCCCAACGAUUUCGACCCAAAGACAUUCUUCAACCUACAUGACACGAAUGGAGAUGGCUACUUUGAUGAGCAAGAGCUAGAGGCACUGUUUACCAAAGAGCUAGAGAAAGUCUACGAUCCCACGCGUGAAGAGGAUGACAUGAUGGAAAUGGAGGAGGAGAGACUUCGCAUGAGAGAACAUGUGAUGAAUGAGGUCGACACUAACAAAGACAGGCUCGUUUCACUAGAUGAGUUUAUCACAGCCACAAAUAGAAAAGAAUUUCUGGAGCCAGAUGGAUGGGAGACUCUGGAACAGAAUCCAAUCUACACUGAAGAAGAGUUGAGAGAGUUUGAGGAGCAUCUGGCUCGAGAGGAGCAAGACCUGAACCUGAAGAAGAAUGAGCUGAUGAAACAGCAGGAGGAGCUGGAGAGACAACAGGAACAACUGAACGCCCAGAAAAUAGAGCUACAGCAGGCAGUAGAGCACAUGGAGCGGUCAAAAACACAGAAAACAGAGCCUCCAGUGCAGGCCAAAGAUGCAGUGCCUUCUGCUGUGGAAAAAUUACCUGGGGACAAUCAGCCUAUGGCACCAGGUCACCAGCAAGACCUCCCCACACAUUCUUAGCAGCUCAAGCUCUUCUCAGUGUCUCUAAUGCAUUUGUCUGUCGUGUCAAAUAUUUCCAUCCUCACAUAUACAAAAGGACCAUCUACUGUCUUUAAGCAAAGACUUUGACAAAUCACUGUGGUGGUAUUAUCAACACAAAACAAUAUUGAGUUAUGAUAUCCUGAAACAGGCUGCUGUAGUAUGUAAUUAGUUAACAGAAUUAUCAAUGGACAAUCACACUUCUCUUACCAAAAGUGCAGAUACUGAGGAAAGGGACUGUACUUGAAACUUGUGUUUAGAGAAAUUAACUGUACGCUUAUUGUUCUUGUGUCUUUUUGUUCUUUCAUGUCUGAUUUGCACAAACAUGGCCAAACUUCAUAGUAUAGAUGUCUAUUCACAUUUAGCCAUUUGAUAUUAUACCUCGGCAACAAAUAGUUCAUGUCAUGUUACAUGCCCAAAUUCACAUUUAGCCAUUUUUUUAUUACAUAUUUUUAUAGAAAACACAUGGAAGAUAACAUGAAAAUAUAAUUCAGCAUUCUUAUUUUAUGGCAGUUCCAUCUUAAAGAAUGAAUGUGUAAAAUAAAGGUGUGAAGAAUAAAAGAAAUACACAGGAUAACAAUAAUGACACCAUUACUGUAAUAAGUAAAUAUUGUUUUAUGUAAUUUUUGUCAUUUUCACAAUGCUAAUCUGGCCUAUAUUUAUAGCUAUAUUACCCUAUAUUGAUUCAAACGAUUCUGAAAAUUGUAAAGAAUUAACUACUGCAACACCAGUGCAUUAUUUCAAGCUGUUUCAUUUUAAUUCAUUAUGGUUUCAUGGUUUUCAACCAGUGUUCUACUGUAAAGUAUGUAUAAAUUUAUAAAAUAUAUAGAACUAAAGUUAAGCAUAAAAUAGAUAUGAAUUGUUUGGUUGGUAAUAUUAUUUUGUUUUUAAUGGCUUGUUUGAGUAUCCUUUUUAUUUCAGGAGUAAAUGAAUGUGCUUUACGUUUUGCUACAAUGUAAUAAAUUAUGUCAGCUUUACCAAU